AGAACGAUAAACAUACUCAUGAUCAAUGAAGAUCAAAUCUAUCAUCAUAUAAGAAAAGUUUACCAUUUGCUCAAUCCUAAGGCCUUCCACAUCAGCAACUCUCUUCUCAAAAUUCCACAUCAUCAUUCUAAAAAUUAACUUCUUCUUCCACUAUAAUUUGACAGUUACAUUCUAUUAUUCUUCAAUUUCCACUAUCCUCGUAACUGUGCUUAAUCCCACCCUCUUCCAAAUUCCAAAACCGUUCAAAAAUUCCACGAUCCAUUUUCCCAAAUUCCUUUUCACUUUUCCUCACAUGAUUGGGAUUCUUCAUUGUUCUGAAGACAAAUACGCAACCUAUCAUGUUCACGGCGGUGUUGCUUCAGGUUCGUCAACGAUGGAUGACUUCGCGUAUGGUGUCUGCGGCUGUGUCAAUCUUGGUCGGAAGGCUGAUGCUGGCGGUGAUUGGUUUCUCUUUCUGACGACCCUUCACGGUGGUCGAGUUUGAUUAAACGGAAGAUGGUGGAGGAGUUGUACAAAUCUCUUGUGGCUUAAUUUAGAUCUCAGAGUUCUCAUGGAUUUUAUUUCUCUAUGUCUGAUGGUGUUUCGUUCUUGAUUGUAUUGGUAGUUAUGUUCAUAUUAUACUAACCCUUUCGUACUCCUCAUCUCACGACCUUCCUAAAGUAUUUUGAUUUAAUUUUUGAUUGAUUUGGUGUUGAUGAUGCUCACGGGUUUGUGCGAAAUGUUGGAACUGGUGAACACCUUCCCUGAAGAGAUGUCUCUGUUGGAAAGCAUGUAAAAUAUAUUCUCAGAAAAGAGUGUAUUUGAUUUUAGAGUUUGCACCUAAAGGUGAACUUUACAAGGAGUUACAUAAAUGCAAAUAUUUUAGUGAAAGACGUGCAGCUACUUAUGUUGUGUCAUUGGCCCUAGCCCUUAUAUAUUGCCAUGGAAACCAUGUAAUUCAUAGGGACAUUAAACCAGAGAACCUUCUUAUCGCUGCUCAGGGCGAAUUGAAGAUUGCGGAUUUCGGCUGGUAGGUACACACAUUCAACGGUAGGAGGACCAUGUGUGGCACCCUGGAUUACCUUCCACCCGAGAUGGUUGAGAGUGUAGAACAUGAUGCAAGUGUUGAUAUAUGGAGCCUCGACGUUCUUUGCUACGAGUUUAUUUACGGAGUCCCGCAUUUUGGGGCCAAGAACAUUCUGAUACUUAUAGGAAGAACUGGCUUUGAGGAGGACAAGAAUUUCCAUGUUGUUUUAAAUUUUGUAAUAGCUGGCCGCUAUCAUGUCACCGAGUAUUUGGGAUCUGCGGCAUUCACUAAAGCAAUUCAAGCUCAUGACCUGCUCAAAGCCUACUUAUAUGAUUUUCAUAAAUUUAACAGAGAAUCAAGAGGGGAACUUUACUUUACAAUGCCAAGAUUGCAGCCAUGAAGCCGAAUCUAUCAUACAAGAUAAUAUUCCCGAGUUUUGUGCCAGUUUCUUGGCUGCCAGUUGUUGUUGAUGCAUUGUCUGUAUGGUAAGUUAUUAGUCAUGUGUAUUUGAAUGUUUUAGGUUUGAUUUACAUGUUUUAUAUUUAUUAGUGUUUGAGGAAUGUGGUGGAUGUAAUUGAUCUACAACAGUUAUAGUCGUCAGAACCUUCACCUGAGUUGUUUAGCCCUUGGCACUGAAACAAAAUUGGAUCGUAGCAUUGCAAGAUAAGUGAUCCUUACACAUUGCUCCAACAGUAUUGGUGAUGGCGGAACCGAGUCAUACAACUGUUGUACCGAAUCAUCCCGGGGAUGAACAGAGUCAUACAAAUGUUGUACUGAAUGAUGCAGGGGAAAAACCGAGUCCUACAGCUGAUAUAUCGUACAUUGGACUGGGACUGAACCGAGUCAUGCAGCUGCUGUAUCGAAUGAUGCAGGGGAGAAACAAAGUCGUACACCUAAUAUACUUAAUACUGCAGGUGCUGAAUCAGAUGAUUAGCCUCACAAAGCCAACUUCUGGUGCAGCCUAUGUUCAAGGUCUCGACAUAAGAAAUCAUAUGAAUGGAAUAUAUACUAGCAUGGGAGUAUGUCCACAGCAUGACUUGCUGUGGGAAAGCUUAACAGGUAGAGAGCACCUACUUUUUUAUGGAAGACUUAAAAGUCUUACAGGUUCACUCUUGACUCAUGCGGUAGAAGAAUCUUUGAAGAGUUUAAACCUUUACCAUGGAAGAAUUGCUGAUAAACAAGAUGAAAAAUACAGUGGAGGGAUGAAGAGGAGGCUCAGUGUUGCAAUUUCAAGGUUGCUUAUUAAAUCUCUGUUUCUUCUCUGUUACUUUCCUUUAUCUUGAGAAUAGAGCUUCAGUAGUAAAGCUCCAUAAAGGGAUACAGAUAAGUGUGUGGAUAAUUAAACAUAGGCAAAUCAAAGUUGUCACUCCCACUAAUGAAUAAUGAUGCAUGUUUGUUUGUCUGUUUCUAUUCUUUGUUGAAUUGAGUAUUCAUAGUGUAAUCUUCAAAUUAUAACACUUUUAUUA